GUUUUGUUGCUAGUUGGCGGUUUGAAAUGCUGGCCGCGAACACACCCUCAACAGCGCUAAGCAGUCCCGUGCUUUCUCCUGUCCUCCUCUACUGCUGCUACUAGUACUAUAGUAUCAACCCCUUCUCUUCACAUCGGUACCGACUAUUUCGCCUACCCGCUUCCAGAAGGCCUUCUUCCUUCUUCGCUCCUUAUCCAAGAUUCUCAGCAACCGCAACACCCCCGUCGGCCAACGUAACGAGCUCGCCCCCAGCUGUCCUCCAUCUGCCGCCGCGAGUCGGUGUAGAGUCGUCUCGAUCGCGCUCCUACGCCAGUCGAGGGACAGACGAGAGUGACAAGCAUGAUCACAAUCCCGGACGUGAAAAGAGCCCGAGUGGAGUUGUGUCCCCUACCUACCUAUUCAGGGAUGAUCGGAGGGUUGAAGGGAUAGGAGGACACUAACUUUCCCUUUGGCCCAGCAGCGGAAUCCAGGAUCUUGGGCCUCAGCCAGUUGGGUAGCAAGCCCACUACCGCAACCACUUUAUCUUCCCCGGGAGUCUGUUUCCAGAGUUCCUCCGCCCCCUCUGGCUCCUUUGGCUUGUUAGGGGUUCCUGGCUCGGCUCUAGUCCUGCGUAGUCGCUGUCCGGUGACAUCCACGGUCGCAGGAACUGUCAACGCCAGCCCGACCCUUGCUGGCUCUUGGUCUUGCCGCACAUUCGGUAUCAGUUCUAUCACCUUGAACGAUUCAACCAAUGAAGCUGCAAGAUGACAACACAAGUAGGAUGUCCAGCUGUUGAACGAGGGUUGACUGAGCAAUGGGAGUCAAACGAACGUCAAGGUCGUCACAUCAAGCACUGGCCUGCAAGCCAACCAGCGUCUGUUCAUGACCAAUCUCCGCUGGCUUCUGUAGGCCCUGAGCCCGAUCCGCGGGCGAGUUGACAACUUGCUAUAACAGCAAGGCUCGCCUCAAGACAACAGCGGUUCCUGAGGACACAUCAAGUGGAAUGCUGAGUUGUCUACCUAGGUACAGCACCAUGGCAGCGUAUAGUGUCCACUUCUGCUGCAACCGCAAAGGCUCCUGUCUGCGGCCCUGAGUGGCGCAACUUAUUAUCUAUGCUGCCAUUACAAACCCCUGCGUAUAGCCAUGCGUAUAGCCAUGAAAAUCCACUCGGGAAGGACAAAUGGCGUCAGGUCCGCCGUGAACUUCGCCAGUUGGGCUGCUCAGCCAGUAGGUGGUCUUAUUGAGAAAUAAUGAGGUUGCCUGCUCAUCGCUCUGAAUCUACGGUACCGAGCAAUUGUAAUGUCAUGAGGACACUCGGAUGACCCAAAGGGGAUGUGGGCCGAAGACAUCAUAAAACAUAGACAGGCAGCGGUGUUUUCACCUUGCCUUUAUCUUUAUAACCACUGUCCUGCAGUUUCCAUAGAUUAUAGAUCUCAAGUGCGAAUUCGGAAGCAUAUAUACUACCUGACCUAGGUAUUCAACAUGGCAAAUCUAGACAAGGAGGCUAUUCUCGCUCUUGGGCAGAUCGACCCUGAAUUCAAAGCGUUCCUCGAUUCCGCCAACCUCCCACCAGUCAACUAUGACAAUCUUGAAGAGUACAAAGCAUACGUUGCGAAACGUGACGCGGAGAUCAUCAAAACAUUCAGCCCGCCUCCUCCAGAGAUUCGAGAGACUGAGCUUCAGUAUCCUACAAGAGACGGGGCCAGCCUCCGCGCAAAGCUCUACCAGCGCACCACUCCUCUGCCAAGUGGAAGCCCACUGAUUGUCAUGUUCCACGGUGGUGGUUUCUGCGUUGGUAGCCCCGAGCGAGAGGAAGAGAGUUGUCGCACCUUCACCAUGGCUUUUGGCGCGACGUGCAUCUCGGCAUCCUACCGAUUGGCUCCCGAAUUCAAGUUUCCCUACGCUCCCAAGGAUGCAUGGGAUUGUCUGAAAUGGGCCGCAGCAUCCGCAAAGUCCUGGGGAGCGGAUCCAUCCAAGGGCUUCAUAGUAGGAGGCACCUCAGCCGGAGGGAAUAUUACGGCGAUAUUGACCCAUUUGGCUCGCGACGAGAAGUUGUCACCUCCCUUGACAGGCCAGUAUCUCGCCAUUCCAAAUCUGAUUCCGGAGAAAAAGUGCCCGGAGAAGUACCGGCCGUAUUUCCUGUCUUAUGAACAAAACAGGAACGCGCCCGUCCUCCCAGUUGCCGCCAUCGACAUGUAUAUGGGUGGCUACCAGCCUGACGAAGACGACGGAGUCUGGUAUGCUGUCGUCAACCAUCCCAACGGACACAAAGACUUGCCUCCGGCCGUCUUUCAAAUCGACGGCUUGGACCCGUUGCGCGAUGAUGGACUCAUAUACGAGCGCAUCUUGCGGGAGGAGAACGGAAUCAAGACCAAGACUUUCAUAUACCCUGGCUUGCCGCAUGGCCAUUGGGGGUUAUUUCCGUUCCUGCAGAGCAGCGUGAAGUUUCGCAUAGAGCAACUGGAAGGCAUGGGCUGGCUUCUCGGAAGAGAGUUGACACGAAAACAGCCAGCGUGAAGGCCAUACAAUCGCUUUGAAGCAGUGGACUUGCCAUGUAAUAAACCUUUACGGUACACAUUAAUAAACAGGGCCAAAGCAAUCAAGGAGGCCGUGGGUUUUGUGUCUCAUUCCAUCAUGGCGCCGUCAUUUAAACGACAGACAACGGCCCGUCUUGCUGUUCAUUAGGUAGUCAAGUAGUCCCCUUCCCCUUCUACUUCUUCCUCUCCCGGAUCUUGAAUUUGACUCCAUUCUUGUUGACCCCUCCAACAGUCCUUGCCAUCUUGGCGCGUUGCAGCUCCAGUUCGUC